CAGGUGAACUCCCUGGAACAGGCCAUGAUGGACGCUCUGGUUCUGGACCGGGUGGACUUUGUGAAGCUCCUGAUUGAAAACGGCGUCAACAUCCAUCACUUCCUGACGAUUCCGCGCUUAGAAGAACUUUACAACACGAAGCUGGGUCCUGUGAAUACGCUCCACUUUGUGGUACGAGACGUGAAGAAGGGGAAUCUUCCUCCAGAUUACCAGAUUACUCUGAUCGACAUUGGGCUGGUUCUGGAGUUCCUAAUGGGGGGGGCCUACCGCUGCAACUACACCAGGAAGAACUUCAGGACACUGUACAACAACCUGUACGGUCUGAAAAGACCCAAAGCUCUGAAGCUGCUUGGGAUGGAGGACGAUGAGCCGCGGCCAAAGGGAAAAGGGAAGAAGAACAAGAAGAAGGAGGAGGAGGUGGACAUCGAUGUGGAUGACCCUGAGGUCAGCAGGUUCCAGUAUCCCUUCCAUGAGCUCAUGGUGUGGGCUGUGCUGAUGAAGCGCCAGAAGAUGGCGCUGUUCCUGUGGCAGCGGGGCGAAGAGGCCAUGGCCAAAGCUCUGGUGGCUUGUAAGCUCUACAAGGCCAUGGCCCAUGAAUCCUCCCAGAGCGAGCUGGUGGACGACAUCUACCAGGACCUGGAGAACAACUCCAAGGAGUUUGGUCAGCUGGCCUACGAACUGCUGGAUCAGUCGUACAAACACGACGAGCAGCUAGCCAUGAAGAUGUUGACCUAUGAGCUGAAGAACUGGAGUAACUCCACCUGCCUGAAGCUGGCUGUAGCUGCCAAACACAGAGACUUCAUCGCUCACACCUGCAGCCAGAUGCUGUUGACUGACAUGUGGAUGGGCUGUCUGAGGAUGGGCAAGAGCAACAGCCUGAAGGUGAUUUUAGGAAUUAUUUUUCCCCCCGCCAUCCUGUUCCUUGAAUUCAGACUUGGAGAUGAAACUUCUCACCAUUCAUGGAAAGAAAACACUACUGGGAAAACUAAAGAUGAGAAUAAAUCCAACAAGGAUGCAGCCUCCAAUGUCGACACAACGUCCAAGAAAGGAGAUGAAGAAGAGAACCAGAAGAAGAACCUAAGGAUUCCCAUUGGGAGGAAGAUCUACGAGUUUUACAACGCCCCUUUCACCAAGUUCUGGUUCAACACGAUCUCAUACCUGGUGUACCUCAUGCUCUAUAACUACAUCAUCCUGGUGAAGAUGGAACGCUGGCCCUCUCUGCAGGAGUGGAUAGUCAUCUCCUACAUUAUCACCCUGGGGCUGGAGAAAGUCAGACAGAUCCUCAUGUCAGAGCCAGGGAAGCUGAAACAGAAGAUCAGUGUGUGGUUGGAGGACUACUGGAACAUCACUGACCUGGUGGCCAUCUCUGUCUUCCUGCUUGGCCUCCUGCUGCGGCUCCAGGGCGAGCCCUCCAUGGGCUAUGGACGAGUCAUCUACUGUGUUGACAUCAUCUUCUGGUACAUCCGUGUACUUGACAUCUUUGGAGUCAACAAGUACCUGGGCCCCUACGUCAUGAUGAUCGGCAAGAUGAUGAUUGACAUGCUGUACUUCGUAGUCAUCAUGCUGGUGGUGUUGAUGAGUUUUGGGGUGGCUCGGCAGGCCAUCCUCCAUCCGGAUGAGGAACCCACAUGGCGCCUGGCCAGGAACAUCUUCUACAUGCCGUACUGGAUGAUCUACGGAGAAGUGUUUGCAGACUCCAUAGACCGUAAGACUAGCGUCCAUAUUUAUGCCAUGGAAAUUAACCCUCCAUGUGGAGACAACAUGUAUGAUGAAGAUGGGAAGAAGCUUCCUCCAUGUAUUCCUGGAGCCUGGCUGACCCCGGCCAUCAUGGCGUGUUACCUGCUGGUGGCCAACAUCCUCCUGGUCAACCUGCUCAUCGCCGUCUUCAACAACACCUUCUUUGAGGUGAAGUCCAUCUCCAACCAGGUGUGGAAGUUCCAGCGGUACCAGCUGAUCAUGACCUUCCACGACCGCCCCAUCCUGCCGCCGCCCCUCAUCGUCUUCCCCCACAUCUACAUCGCCCUGAAGAGGCUGUGCUGCACCUGCAGGCGAAAGCCGGAGGGGGAGCGGGACGACCGCGCGCGCCGGCUCCAGCUGGUUCUGAACGCAGAAGAGAUAAAGAGUCUGUACGAGUUCGAGGAGCAAUGUGUGGAGGAAUACUUUAGAGAGAAAGAAGACGAGAAGCAGUCCUCCAACAACGAGCGAAUCAGAGUCACAACUGAGAGGGUGGAGAACAUGGCAAUGCGGCUGGAGGAGGUGAACGAGCGGCAGCGCUCCAUGAAGGCGUCGCUGCAGACGGUGGACCUGCGCCUGGCCCAGUUGGAGGAUUUCUCCGGCCGGAUGAUGAACGCUCUGGAGAAGCUGGCCGGAGUGGACCGGGCCGAGCUGGUCCGGUCUCGCUCCGGGGGCUUGUCGGUGUUCGAGCCGCCCGGCCCAAUGCGGCGCAGCAGCGUCGGCAGUGUCGACGGCUGCAGCCUGUACCGGUACCAGCUGGACCACGACGACCAGACGGAUGCCGAGGAGAGGAGAGUCCGUCUGAGUCCAGAGAGAGAAACGGCGAAUUCCACGGGAGCAAAAACAGCAGGCGAUCUCGUCUCCAGUCUGAGGGACAGGACACAGUCUCUGUCCAAUGUGGGCAUCUUGAUCUCGCCGUGUGGCCCCGCCUCUCCUCUUCGUCACGGCAACCCGGUGGACGCCGACGGUCUGGCCCAGAGGAGCCGGCUGCAGGCCGUGUCCUCUGGGCCCCUGGACAAGGCGAUGCAGUAUUUAUUGUCUCCAGAUGCCCAACAGGGGGCGCUCCACAGCCCACCCCCCCCCACGAUGAAGGGCGAUGAUGAAGAGGAGGGAGCCAGGCCUCAGGCUCCUGAACCAGAUGCUGAUGAAGAGGAGCUGCUGGUGGAUGAAGAUAGGAAGUACCCGAGCCUUCGAUCCAAAAGUUUCAGCAGUAACCAGGUGACGAAGAGGACGAAGAGGUGUGAGGAAGAGGAGAAGCCCCGCCCCUCCAGCAGCGUCACAGACCUGGUGUCAGUGUUCAGACGGAAUCAGAACCAGAACUAGAACCAGAACCAGAACCAGAACCAGAGGGUCUUUGGCCUCUUGGGUUCUGGAGGUUUUUCAAAUUCUGCUUUUUUUCCCAGAGUAAAAAAAAUGUUAGUUUCUGCAGCAAAACAGGAAGUUACAGAAAAACGGAGCGUUGACUAAAUCAGGUGUUGGUUGGGGCCACUGGUCUGGAGCACUGGGAGCACUGGGAGCCAGUUUGCUAACGGACACUUGUUCUCUGGAUGUUGAAGAGACGGUUUGUUGGAGAACAUGAGUGUAGUCAGCAUCUGACAUGAAGUAGGAAGUAGCCAGAGAAAUCUCAGGUGAACAGUGAUGGAGGAAACAGGAAGUGAUGCAGACUAAAUUUAGAACAUUUUACAUUCAAACUUUAAAUUUGAAAUACAUAAAAUACACCAGCAGUGAUCAACUGGGAUAAGACUAAAAUUUUCACUAACUUAUACUGGUUACUUUUGGAGAAGUUUUUCAUUUAUCUUUAUUGUUCAGCGUGAAAAUCUGUUUGCUCAUCAUGUCUGUUCACAUUUUAUUAAUAAAUCAUAGAUUUAUGUGAUGGCCAGUUUGAUUAUUUCUCUGCAUCAAAUUUAAA